AUGGAUGUCUUAGUGAAACACGUGCUGAAAUUUAUCUUCUUCCUUCAGCCCAUCUGUCAGGCAGCUUAUAGCAACGAUUUUAAUAGAGUUCAUCUCCUUUUGGAGCGCAACAGCAACUAUCUGAAUGUCCAGGACAGCUUCAGUGGAGACACUCCCUUAAUUUGUGCAUGUAGAAAAGGAAACAACAAGAUAGUUAACUAUCUUCUUAGAAAACAUGCUGAUGUCAACCUCAGAAAUAAGAAGGACCGCACUUGCCUCCAUUAUGCUGUGAGAAAACGCUUUACCUUCCUUGACUAUGUGCUCAUCAUAAUCCUCAUGCCAGUUAUGCUUAUUGGAUACCUGCUCAUGGUCUCAAAGACAAAGCAGAAUGAACACCUGGUCAAGAUGUUGCUUAGAGCUGGAGUCGAUGUGAAUGCUGCAGACUCUUCUGGCAGCACAGCCCUUCACUAUGCCUGUGAAAUGAAAAACCAAGCAGUCAUUCCUCUAUUGCUUGAAGCUCAUGCAGACACUUCUGUAAAGAAUCAGGAUGGGGAGACUCCCUUAGAUAUAGCAAGAAGAUUACAGUUUCACAACAUUGAAAGCAUGAUAACAAAAGAUUCUUAG